AUGGGUCUUUUUUAAAGAUUGUCUAAAAUAUUCAAAUCAGAAGUUCCUUAAACUAAUAAUGAUCAUUUGCAUGAGAAUUAAUAGUAUUCAAAAAAGGUAUGAAAUAUGUACCAAUAGAUUGUUUUGGAAAAUGGAGAGAGUGUAAAUGUUAGAGGAAAUGAAAAUCAAUUUAAUUUAGUAAAGACAAGUCGAUAUACAUUAACAAAUUGUUUAUACGUGUUGAUAAUUAAAUUUUUUAAGCGAUUUCUUAAUUUGUACUUAUUUGUCAUCAACAUGAUAUAAUUAGACUAUAAUUAUCUAAUUUCUCUACUGUUAACAUUUACUAUACAUACUAUAAUUGAAUUGUACUUUGAUAUCCAAAAGAGAAAACGUGAUGAAAUCAUCAACUCUCAUUAAACCACUGUAUUUGCUGAUUUAAAAAAAAAUAUUUUAAAUGUGCCUUCUUAAAAUUUAAUUUAAUUAGGAGGAAGGAAAUCUCUAAAUAAAAAUAUAGUUGAGCAUGAAAACAUUGUUAAUAAUAAUAAUUAUCAAAAAGAUAUUUAUAUAAGAAAGGUAAGUAUAGAUACAGUUACUUAUCGACAGGACAAAUAACCUAGAAUUUCAUUAUUCACUAUAAAAAGAUGGGAUCAACUUAAGGUUGGUGAUAUCAUUUAUUUAAAAAAUAAUGAAAUUUGUCCAGCUGAUGUCUUAAUUUUAGAUAUGGGUUAAUCUGUUAGUAUGGCUAGUAAUACUAUAAUGAGUGGUAAUACAAAUGAAGUUAGAAAAAGAGCAUGUCCUUUAACUACUAUUACGAAAGAACAUAAAAUUUAAUUGUUAGAUUAUCGAACUAUUUUAAAUGGAGUUAUUAGAUAUGAUUAGAAUGAUUCAGAUCAAUAUUAUAAAGGUAUGGUAAAAUUAAAGAAGGAUCCAAAACCUUUAGAAAUAAAUAAAGAAAACAUCUUCUUUAGAGAACAAUUACUUUUAAAUGACUUAUAUUUGUUUGGAGUCAUUCUCUCAGUUGGACUCGAUUGUAGAUGUUAUAAAUCAUUUAAACAUGUUGAAAAAUAAAGUUAUUUUGAAUAAAAAGCUAAUUUGUAUUUUGGUAUAGCCAUAAUCUCUUUAAUCUUGUUAAGUGUAAUUUAAUAUAUUAUUGAAUAUUAUGGUGAACAUCAUUAUAAUUUAGAAUUCUAAUUAAUUAAUUAUUCUAAUUUAUUACCUCUUUAUUUUUACUUUCUAAUAGAUGUACUUUAUUUUACUUAAAUGUUGUACAAUAAUUAUUUAUUCUAAAAGGAGAAAGUCAACCAAAACCAUUCAAUUAAAGAUGUUAAUCCUUUAUUAGAUAAUACAAAUAUAAAAUUACAUCAUUUAUAGGUGAAUUAUUCCCCAAUUUCUAAUUUAUCUUUGAUAAAUCAUGUUUUAAUUGAUAAAACUGGAACUUUGACAAUGCCUAAUUUUAAAAUAAAAUGGAUUUUUAUAUUUGAUUCUCUUUAUAAAUUAAGAUAUAGAGCAUUUGCAGAAAAGGAUUUUUUAAAUGCAAUUAAGUAAACUAAAAGGAGAGAAGAAUUGAAUAUACCAAUAGAUGAAAGAAUAGAACCUGAAUCUACUCCUAUGAUAAAAUGUAAUAAUGAAGAAGUCAAUUUUAAAAUGGAAGAUUUAGAUGAUGAUCAUCCUGCAUAUGAUGAAUUACAUCGUACUUAACCUCCAAGAUUUAGACCAGAAUCUUAAAUUAGCAGUCAAUUUGAUUAAAGUGCUGAAGGAGUCUAAAUAUAAAAAUAAUCUUAACCAAGAGGUAGUAGUCUCAUUGUUAAUAGUCUACAUGAAAGUAAAAGAUAAUUAAAUAAUUAAAGAGGUAGUUAAAAAUUCCAUGCUCCUAGAAUUUCAUCAAAUUUAGAUAUUGUCUCAGAAGUAGAAUUUUCUGGAAAUGAACUUACUUUGAUUAGAAGAAUUGAAGAUAAUGAAUUUAAACCUCAUUAUUUUGAAGCCAUGUUUGCUUUAGUAGUAUGUUAGAAUACAAGAUCAUUAUAUUAAAAAAGUGAUGAUUCAUUCUUUUAUGAAUAUAGUUCAGAUUUAGAUAAAUAAUAAUUAUAUUUAUGUAAACAUUAUGGUUUUAAAUUUAUUUGUAGAAGUAAAUAGGAAAAUCAUAUGAAAUUUGUAAUAUAAGAUGGAGAAGAAAUAUAUUCAAUUGAUGUAAUGUCUUUACAUUCAUUUAAUUCCAGAAAAUUUAGUAUUAUUAUAAAAUUGCAAGAAGAAUUAUGCAAUAAAUUAGGAUUAGAAUAUGAUGAUUAACAAUAUUUAUAAUAUUUAAGAGAUGAUAGUUUAGAUAUGAUAGGUUGUUUAUCUUUGGAAAAAGAUUAAAUGGCUAAACUUGAUCUAAUGAUUAAAGAUUUAUAGGUCUAAGGUAGCAGGCCAGUUUUAUUUUAUAGAAGUUUAAUGACUGAAACAUAAAUGUCUGCAUUUAUUAAAGAAGCCAAUAAAUUAUUAGACAUUCAAACUAAUAAAAUUGAAUUUAUGCAUGAAUAUCAAUUUUUAAUGCAUGAAUUUGAAAAGAAUUGUGAUCUUGUAAGUGUAAUAGGAGUUUAAGAAAAGAUCAAUAAGAAUGUAAUACCAACAUUAAAUAGUAUCAAAUAAUUAGGUAUACCUUGUUGGAUAACUAGUGGAGAUAAUUAUGAGAAAGUAUUACCAAUAGCUUAUAGGGUUUAAUUGUUAAAUUCAAAUGAAACAGUAGUUCAUAUCUAAGCAAAAACUUAGGAUGAAUUAUUCUUAUAAUUAAAACAAUUAUUAUAAAGUUUGAGUGGUUAAUUGAGAUCACAUUCUAAAAAGAAGGAAAUUAAACAUUCAGAUACUUUAAUUCAUAAAAAAGGUUCAUUUACUUGUAGUCCUAGAUGGAUUUCAAGUGGAUAAAAGAAUUUACAUAUAAAACAAUUUUAAAUUGUAAUAAAUGGAGAAUCUUUAGAAUAGAUUUAUAAAGAUGCUUAUUUAAAGAAACAUUUUUAAUUUCUAUUUUAAUUUACAUCUAAUUUUAUUGGUUAUAGGAUGACACCAUAAUAAAAAUCUAUUUUAGUAAAAUUAUUAAAAGAUACAAAAUUAAAUUAUAAAUUUAUAUUAUCUAUAGGGGAUAGUUUUAGUGAUAUCAAUUUAUUUAAUCAUUCAGAUUUUGUAUUUUAAAUGUAAUCUGGAAGAUAAAUAUUUCCACAUGAUAAAAAUAAUUUUGAAGAUCUUCAACAUGAUAGAGUUUCUAUAAAAUAAUUGGAUUAAGAAUCAUAAUUUUGUUAACACAAAUAAGAUCAUGGUUGUAUUGAACCUUUAUAUAAUAGUGAUAUAUAUAUAAAAGAUUUUGAAUUAAUACACAGAAUGAUAGCAUUAGAUUCUAGAAAAUCAGCUUUAUAUUUUGAGAGAAUUCUAAUAUUUUCAUUAUUUAGAAGUUUUGGUAUAAUAUAUUUGUUAUGUAUUACUUAAUUGAUUAGAGAUGAACAUGAAGUGAUAACUAAAGAUUAUUUAAAGUUUCACUCUAAUAUAUUCUUUUUAUUAUCAAGUUCUUUUAUUAUUAGUGAAAUAAGUGAAAAGGUUGAAAAUUUCAAUCACAGUGAGUUUAUGUAUUUUUUAUUUAAAAAUGAUUAAUUAGAAUUGAACAAUAAUAAAUUUGGCAAAUAUAUAGCACGAAUCACAUUAGUACCACUAAUUCAAGCAUUAUUAAUUAAUUUAUAUACAGAAUAUGCAGAUCUAUCAACUAAUAAUGGAAUAGUCAUAAAAUCUAAUGAAUUAGGAUCAGGCUUAUUUCUAUUAUUACUUAUUGUAGAUGCUUUAAAAUUAGUUUAAAGAAACUAUAUCACUUAAAAAUAAUUUGUAUUUAACAUAGGAUUAACUUUUGGAUUAUAUACAUUAAUAUCUCUUUAAUUUGAUUCAAUUUCCAUCAUUUAUUAAUGGGCAGCAUCUAUCUAAAAUCUAUUUUCAUUCAUAUUCAUAAUGGCAAUCCAUGUAAUUUUUAAUUUAAUACUUUAUCAUAUCAAUAGACCGUUUUAUAUGCCUUUGGCCAUUUAGACAACUAAUGAAUAUGAUUAGAUUGUUAAAAUAUAUAAUAAAAUAUCAGGUGAUAUUUCUAAAUAAAUUUAAUUACAUAGAGCAACAAUUGAAAAAAUCUCAUAUUUUGCAAGGAAACUCUUUCAUGGAGAUGAAGAUAUGGAUCCAAUUAUAAAAUAGAUGUUGAAUGGAGCAUUUGCUGAUGAGUCUGAAAAUUCUAUUAAUUCAAUUACUCUGAGAUUCAAAUCAAAAUUAGUAUAAAAUAAAUUUACAGAUGAUAUUCUUUAAUAUGUUGCACGAACUUAUAGAAUAAUAGUUGCACUUACAUUUUUAUUUUAUGAGAUAGCAACAUAUACAAUUAUUUUAUUGACUGUUGAUAAUUUUUCAUUAUCAUAUUGGACAGAUUAUUAUUACAUAUCAAUGUUUGGAGUACUAUUAUUGCUUAUGUUAUUUUGUUGGUCUCGAUAUUAUAAAGUAUAUUUCUAUUAAGUAAAUUUCAUUAUUUUAUUUAUUCGAUGUUCCUCUAUUAUAAUAUGGUUAUUCAAUUAAGAUUAAUCUGUAGGAGGAAUGAAUCUCAAUAUGUUAUAAUUGAGUUUGGCAGUUAAUAUAUAUCAUUAUCAAGAAUAACCACUCAUUAGUUAAGUAUUUUCUGCUAUUUAUGUGGCAAUUUAUUUAAUUAAAAAAUCAAAUGAAAAUGACAUAUAUAUUCUGAUCAAUUAAUAUGUUAUGAGUUUAGCAUCAUUGUUUCAAUUGGUUUUAACAUUCAGAAGAAUUAUUUAUAUAUUUUUGGAAGUAUUUUUAGGUAGGAUUAAUAUGAAUAAAGAGAAUUAAAUAAUGAGUGAUAUCUUAUCUAUUCUUCUUCCUUAAUUUAUUAGAGAUCGUAUUAAUAAGGCUGGUCAAUAUGAUAUUUAAGAAGAUUAAGGUAUGGUGGCAGUAUUAUUUUGUGAUAUCAUUGAUUUCGAUCAAUUGAUAAAGAAUGAACAAUCAAAUGUAGUUGAUAUAUUAGAUAAGUUAUUUAGAAGAUUUGAUUUACUAUGUUAACAACAUGAAGUUCAAAAGAUUGAGACUGUGGGCAAAACUUAUAUGGCUGCAGCUGGACUCAAAAUUCAUGUAAGUUAAAAAUCUAAUCCUGUUAAUAAAGUAAUUUCAUUGGCGUUAGAUAUGAAAAAGUAUGUUAUGUCUAAUGAAACUUUUUAAAUUAAAAUUGGUAUUCAUUAUGGAAAUGUCAUAGCAGGAGUCAUUGGUCAUCAUAAACCAUAAUUUAGUUUGAUUGGUGACACUAUUAAUACAGCAAGUAGGAUUUGUUCAACAGCUGAACCUUGGAAUAUUGCUAUUUCUGAAUAAGCAUAUAGAUAGACUAAUAAAUUUGAAUUAGUUUAUAUUUAAAGGGAUGUUGAAGCUAAAGGAAAGGGAAAAUUGAUUACUUAUGUUGUUAAUACAAAAAGAGGAGGUAAACAAAGAAAGUAAACAAUUAUGAUUCAAAAACCACCAAAAUAACCAUUUAGAGACCCAAAAGAUUACUAAAAUUUAGAUUAAAUUCAUGAGAAUUAAUUAUCAGAAUUAGGUAUGGGAUCAAAUAGGGAAGUAUAACCUCUUGUAAAUAGAAAUGAAGAUCAUUAACCAUUAACUCUCAAUAAAAGACAAAGAAAUGAAAUUUAUAAUUAUGUAACAAAAACACAAAAAUAAAUUAUGAUUGAGAGUCCAAAUAGAUCACUUUAAUAAUAAAUGCUUUUUUAAUAAUCUUAAGCUUAAAUAUUUUUAAAUUAAGGAGGUGGAUCAUCAAAAAAUUAUGCUUCAUAAUCAAUUGUUGGUGGUAUUUAAUCUUAAGGAUAUGAUGAUAGAAAUUAAAAAAAUAAAUAUUUAAUUCAAUUAUUGGAAAGAAAGACUAGAUGUGAAUUAAAUGUUUCAGAUUAUCAAUUAAAUAUGGAAUAUCAUGUUGAAAAGGAUAAAAUCAAGGCUCUUUACAGUGUUGAUGAAGAUUCUUAAGGUCAAAACUUAUUAUUGACUCUUAAUCCAAAGAGAUUAUAUUUGGAAUUUAAUGAAGAUAAUACUGCUACAUUAGAAUUUUAUGAAUUUCUAUCUUCAUUGUAUAGACCAUUUGCUGUUCAAAAUUUAUUGACUAUUGGCUCAUGUGUUUUAAUAAGUUCAGUUUCUUGUAUUACAUUGAAAGGAUAGAUAUACUUAAUUAAUUUAAUAAGUGGUAUAAUUAUUGGUUUAUUACAUAUAUUAUUAUGUACUCUUAUACAUAAAUAUGAAUCUUAUUAUAAUGUCAUAUACUUCUUAAUAUUAGCUUAUUUGUUACUUGGAAGUUAUGCAUUGGAUUGUUUUUUAAUUACUGAUUAUUAUGAAAUUUAAAUAGCUAAAGGAAUCAUAUAUAGUUUAAGUGUUCUUCUUAAUAGAAUUCUUAGACAUUAUAAUAAGUUAGUCUAUCUAGUUCUUUUUUUAGGAGUGACAAUUGCUGCUAUUAUAGUAAAUGAUUGGCCAUGGAGUAGAUUCUAUUAUCUAGCUAUAAUUUCGAUAUUCGCCUUUUGCAUUUAAUUGUUUAUGUUCUUAAAGAAUGUAAAUUCAUAUAAUGUCAACAAAUAAUUAAUUGAAAAAUCAAUGAAAUACUAAUUUUUAUUGAAUUAUUUAUUGCCUAAAAAUGUAUAAAUUAAUUUAUUUCUAUUAAUUAGGUCCUUGAAGAAUUUUUCAGACCAAACGAAGAAAAACGUGUAUUAAGAGAAUAGGCUGAUGAAGUAACCUUAUUAUUUGCUGAUAUUGCUGGUUUUACAGAGUAUUCAAGCAAAGUACAACCUGAAUAAGUAGUAAAUAUGUUGAGAAAUCUGUUUACUGAAUUUGAUAAAAAUUGUCUUUUGCACAACGUUUUCAAACUCUACACCAUUGGAGAUUGUUAUGUUGUUAUGGGAAUGAUUGAUUAUGGUAAAGGAAUCUAAAGAAAUCCAUCAUAAGAAGCAGUUAAUGUAGUACGAAUGGGAUUUGCAAUGAUUGAUGCUAUAAGAAGAGUAAGAGCCCAUAUCAAUCAUCCUACUUUAGAUAUGAGAAUUGGAGUUCAUACUGUAUGUUUAUUGUAUUUUAUUAAAUUAGGGAUCCAUAAUUGGUGGUGUUCUUGGUACAGAAUUAGUUAGGUAUGAUAUUUAUGGACCUGAUGUAUUGAUUGCAAAUAAAAUGGAAUCAAAAGGAGCCAAAGGGUUUGUGUAAGUAUCUCAAGAAACAAAGGAUAUAAUUGAAAGGGAAUUUCCAGAUCUGUUUAGAUUCGAAUAUAAAUAAUCUAUUGAAUUUGAAUCUAUUGAGAGAAAGACAUCAGGCUACUUUGUUUAUUAAUGA